AACAAAAAUGGCGUAGUUUGUUGUAUGUCAAGUUAGUUAAAAUGUGAAUUAAAUAAAAAUGUUUGGUGUUAUUAAAUAUUAUAUUUUUACGUACAUAUCAGUACUCGUAUUACACGUAGAAAAAUGUAUAUCAGAACCGCAGAUGGCGUAUCUGGCACUAUAUAGCCCUGGCGAUACAGAUUACACGGAUGUACUGGUCCGUGGGGAGCAUGAUAACCUAACGCUGAUCUGCGAGAUGCGAGGGGAUAUCACGCCCAGGGUGUUCGUGUGGAACUACGUCGCCGAUAGCAACACUACAAGUGCUGGCAGGUCGUUCACCCCAGAGCCCACAGAGGCUGUGGGCAGUCGUAUAGAGAAGAUUGAUCUCCAGCUAUCAGACAGUGGUCACUAUAUGUGUUCAGCGCCACCGUUCAGCGUCACCAAGUACAUCCUGGUCCAGCGGAGGAGCCCCCAGUGCGCGCGGGGAGCGUUCUGGUGCGGUCAUAGAUGUGUGCUGCCCACAUACGUGUGUGACGGGUGGUCGGACUGCGAGAACGCCGAGGACGAGGCCCCGCCGAUGUGCGCGACGAAUCCUUGCGCUGCUCCUGAUAAGCUGAACUGCUCCCUCGGUCGCUGCAUCUCGGAGGCGGCUUGUUGUUCGUGGCGAGGCGGCGAGAAAGCCCUGUGCCGUCAGCCGUCCUGCUGUGACGAACAUCCGAGAUACUCACAGGACGGUCUCCUGGAAGUGGAGUACCCUCCGCUGUACGAAGACAGACACUCCCCGGACGACUAUGGUUUCAUACAGUCGACCAUAUACACUGUGACUGCUUGCGCCUUGAUCUUCAUGAUAGCGGUGGUUCUGCUGGUGUCCGCGCUGUGUAAGAUGCACAUGAAGAGGGCCGCGCUACGGGGAUACGAGCACGCACACAGAGACGCGCGCGGAUACACUGCCCGUUUCCCUCCUCGCUACGAGGCCGCUCGUCUUAUGGAGUCCAGCGUCACCGCCAGUCCGGUCCGGAGUCUCCACCUGGGUUCACCAACAGCUGGUCCCAGUAGCCCUCCAGGUCCCGCACCGUCCAGGGCUUUGGCGGCAUUAUCUGCUGCACUAUGUUCGCGGUACCGACAGGUGCCGACUCAAUGCUGUGAAGUGGAAAUGAGGGACAUAACGAUGCCGCAAUCAUCCGUGACCUCGAGUCCACCAGAGCGACCCUUGACCCUUCAACUCGGCAGGUUCCACUUCAACAUACCAAGGUUCCGCAACGAGAGGCCCGACACUCCUGACAUAACGGAAAUCAAUAUAGAGGACCUAGAGUUCAUAAGGAUGCCGUCCAACGAGACCUACACCCUCAACGGCAGGACGAUCAGGCUUUUCGGGGGCAAUUUCCAAAACUACCCUCUAAUAAACCGGCCGCCCCCCUACAACGAGGCCAUGAGACACAAAUUCGGCCCACCUCCAGAAUAUUUAAGCCACGAGGUCCUCAACAACGACAGCGACGAAGACAACAGUAAUAUAGAAAUGCCGCCGUGCUACGAAGACCUGGCGAGCGGGCUCGGCUCUAAUUACCAACCCGCCAACGAAAAUGACAGCAAUCUGUUCGACACUAGAAGCCUCGUGACGGACCAGGAGACGGAUUCUCAUGUCACCUGCUUAGAGGAGUUACCGCCUAAUAUGAACAAUAACAUAGAGCACGCAGCCUCGUACAUAUCAGUUAUAAACUCAAAUACCGAGGACAACAACAACACGUGCGUCAUAGACAACGCGGUCGACAAUGUAGAGACAAUAAGCACAGUCAUAGACAACCUGCCAGCCAUCGACGACAUAAACGCCAACGAUUCCAUAUACGGCGCAUGUUGAUUAGGCUGAAUCGAUUUUGAUUCGAUACUCAUAUCAAAGUAGAUAAGAAUUAUGAUUCUGAUAUAGUCCAAUUGAGAAAUUACCAGUUUUUUUUUCUUAUAUUAUAUAUAAAUACAUAUAUAUAUAAUGUAAAUAUUGUUAUAUGUCUUCUACUUGGUUAUUUACUUGUGAAUUAAUAUAAUAACUAUAUAUAUAUAUAUAUAUUAUUUGUUAUUAGUAUGAAUUAUGUAUACAAUAGUAAGAAUAAAAAUACGAUAUGUAUUUUAAAUAGCAAAUAAUGUAUAAAACGUGAAGUGCCUUAUGACAUUGCUAGUCAAACACUGCUUGAAGGAUCCAGUACAUUGGAUGGUACAAAGGAUAAACGGUACAAAAUUAUUGGGACGCAAUAUUUUUUUUUUAUAUAAACGCAAAAUUUUCUAUGAUCUUUGUAUAAAUAUGUAUGGCGGUGACGUUUUGGACCCGGUCCCUAUAAACGGGGGACUACCCAAGUGAUUUUCUUACCAGUUAUUGGUUUUAAAUACUAAUAGCAGGCGGUUUUUACAAUUAUUUAGGGAUGGGGUGUUUAUCGAUGACGGAUGGUAGGCUGUUUUGAACUUGACAGCUAGUGACGUUCGCAGACACAACGUAAACGUCAAACUACCGUCAAUGUCACAUUUCCCGCCGGUUUUGGUUCGUUAUGCCAAUCGAACUAGUUUCUCAUGUUUUAUAAGAACCGGGUUUAAAAACUUAUAUAAUAAAUUCGUAUUAUUUUAAUAGAAGUUAUCUCUAUUAUAAAAAUUUGCUAUAAUCGUUUACGCCGUGUGUGGACGUUAAUUAAUAAGUCUUAAAAAAAUAAUAUCCAAAGUUACGCAUUCAGUAGGCCAAAACAUUUUAAUUUCCUACCUCAGACAGAAACGACCAAAUAAUAUUGGGUCUAGACUAAAUGGAAUCUUAAAUCCGAGUUAGAUAAUGUUGAUUGUGUGCAAAUUAAUUCGUGGCUAACUUUAUAACGACCCGUCGACCCGUCUCGUACUUAGAUGUAAAUAGUGUCUUUGUAUAGUUAAGUAUACAGUAGCUUGCCUGACUUGUACAUAUUAUAUGUAUUUUGCUAUAUAAUAAACACUUAAGUACAAAUGUUAGUUGAAGUACUUAAAUGCCGGCCGUCUUUUAAAUAUUUUUUUGCAAUACUCUUAUAUUUAAAGUAUGAUGAGAAAAAUAUAUAUAUAUAUAUAUAUAUAUUCUCACUCCUCAAAACUUACAAUAUAAGAGUAUUAUAAUUUGUUAUCUGUUACACUGAAGUUGUGAUAAUAUGUUAAGUUUUUCAGACGCGUGUGUUUGUAAAUAAUACAGUUCUGUUGGUUCCUUUUUUUUUUUAAAGUUACAUCUCUGUUCGACAUCAAAACGUCUUGGUUACAGUGAUCACCUAUCAAUACUUUUCUUCAUUAAUCAAAUUUACGGGACAAUAAAUAACAUAUCACUGGGAACACUGCUUUUGUUCGCGGAUAUAUUCUAUGGCUAGUUGAAUAUUUCCCGCUUCUUUCACUCGAACUGUCAGCUGUCACACUGACAGCUGUCAAACUGACAACUGUCACACUGACAGCUGUCAAAAGACGCUCGCAUACAUUUGUAGUUUAAUUGAAUAUUGGAACAGUUUUAUUAUAUUUUAAAUGUAUGUAAGUACCAACUAAUCCAGCCUUGUUAUUGCCUUACAGCUGUAAUUAUCAAAUAAACAUAUGGUCAAAGA